AUGUAUAUACUAUCCUCUAAAAAAUAUCAAAAUAAAUUAAUUUUAUUAUUUAUUUUAUGCUUUCUAUCUUUAAUUUUAUUCUCUAAUAUAAAUAGUUUAUCUCCAACCAAUAAAACAUUGGAUCAUCCUGUAACACAUCUAUAUAAUAUUACUAGUUAUUCACCCAUUACCAUUCUUGUUCUUACUUCAGAUUCUAAAAAAGAUAGUAGAACUAAAUUAAUUCGACAUACAUGGGGAGGUAAAGCCAAACUUCGAGGAUGGAAAGUGUAUUAUUAUUCUGAGAGCGACCAGGAGUAUCCUUCGGAUACUAUUGCUUUAGGAUGUAGCCAAAACGAAGAUACUAAAAAGUGGAGAGCUCUUUUACAUGCCAGGGAUUGCUCUGUUCAACCAUCCAAUUUCUAUAUUCUAGUGAACGAUACCGUAACUUUAAAUAUUGGAGAAUUAUCCAAAAAGAUAGAGGAACUCUCGGAAAAGCAACCAUUGGUUUAUGGACAAUGUAUUACUGUCGAUUGGAAAACGAAACCAUAUUGUGGAGGUGGUGAUCUAACUAUUUUUAACAGAAAAGGAUUAGAAUUAAUAAUGAAAAUGUUUUUAAGUGGAGAAUGUAGAGAGUAUAAUAGUAGAUCAGAUUGCUUCUAUGAAACUAAUAUAAAGUAUGAUUUAGGAUUCGGUACUUUUCCAGAAUCACCUACAACUUUAAAACACUUUUUAAAUAAUAAUUUAUCUUUUCAAAUAUUAAAUAUUGAAAAUCUUAUUUAUUAA